AUGAACAGGCUUUUUUUUCUAUCUAUCUAUCUAUCUAUCUAUCUAUCUAUCUAUCUAUCUAUCUCAGAUAGAUAUAUAGAUAUGAAAACAGAGAUAAUUAAGCAAUAUCUAUCUCAUUGUUUUUCAUAUCUAUCUAUCUAUCUAUCUAUCUAUCUAUCUAUCUAUCUAUCUAUCUCAUUGUUUAACUACAUCAGUAUUUUCAUUAUCUAUCUAUCUAUCUAUCUAUCUAUCUAUCUAUCUAUCUAUCUAUCUAUCUAUCUAUCUCAUUGUUUAACUACAUCAUAUUUUCAUUAUCUAUCUAUCUAUCUAUCUAUCUAUCUAUCUAUCUAUCUAUCUAUCUCAUUGUUUAACUACAUCAGUAUUUUCAUUAUCUAUCUAUCCAUCUAUCUAUCUAUCUCAUUGUUUAACUACAUCAGUAUUUUCAUUAUCUAUCUAUCUUUUUUAUCUCAUUGCGUAACUACAUCAAUUUUUUAUCAUCUAUCUAUCUAUCUAUCUAUCUAUCUAUCUAUCUAUCUAUCUAUCUCAUUGAUUAACUACAGUAGAAUUUUUAUUAUCUAUCUAUCUAUCUAUCUAUCUAUCUAUCUAUCUAAUUAUACAUCCGUAUUUUUUUAUAUCUAUCUAUCUAUCUAUCUAUCUAUCUAUCUAUCUAAAUUCAGCAUCUAA